UGUCCGGGAAGGGGGCGGGGCCGAAGCCCCUCGGCGCGGGGCGCCAUAGAGCAUGGACGGAGGACCUGCGUCCUAGACACUUCCGGAAGUGGCUCCCUCAGGCGCCCGCCGGGCACCAUAGAGCUGGGGGCGGCGGCCGGGAUAGCGGGCUCGCCUUCCUAGAGCGGCGAAGACAGGGUGGCGGCCCGGGGGGCAGGGAGUAGGGAGAAGGGGGGAGCGGCGCGGGCGGAAGCGGCCGGGAAGGUCACUUCCGGCCUGGGCGCCCGUCCCCCUGACCCCAGGGUCUGAGUCGCCGCUACCGCCGCUGCCACCAUCCGCGAGGCAGGAGAGAGGAGGAGAAGUGCGGCGCGGCGGCCCCGGGACCAAGGAGGUGAGGGACCAAGAGGCGGGGGUCGUGCGCUGGGGUCCAGGGACCCAGACAUGGAGCUGCGGGAAGAAGCCUGGUCUCCGGGGCCGCUGGAUUCUGAGGACCAGCAGAUGGCCAGUCACGAGAACCCAGUGGACAUCCUCAUCAUGGAUGAUGACGACGUCCCCAGCUGGCCUCCCACCAAGCUGUCCCCGCCCCAGUCUGCGCCCCCAGCCGGCCCGCCUCCCCGGCCGCGGCCGCCCGCCCCCUACAUCUGCAACGAGUGUGGCAAGAGCUUUAGCCACUGGUCCAAGCUGACGCGGCACCAGCGCACGCACACCGGCGAGCGGCCCAACGCCUGCGCCGACUGCGGCAAGACCUUCUCGCAGAGCUCGCACCUGGUGCAGCACCGGCGCAUCCACACGGGCGAGAAGCCCUACGCCUGCUUGGAGUGCGGCAAGCGCUUCAGCUGGAGCUCCAACCUCAUGCAGCACCAGCGCAUCCACACGGGCGAGAAGCCCUACACCUGCCCCGACUGCGGCCGCAGCUUCACUCAGAGCAAGAGCCUGGCCAAGCACCGGCGCUCGCACAGCGGCCUCAAGCCCUUCGUGUGCCCGCGCUGCGGCCGCGGCUUCAGCCAGCCCAAGAGCCUCGCGCGUCACCUGCGGCUGCACCCGGAGCUGUCGGGGCCCGGCGUGGCGGCCAAGGUGCUGGCGGCCAGCGUCCGGCGGGCGAAGGGGCCCGAAGAGGCGGUGGCGGCGGACGGCGAGAUCGCCAUCCCCGUGGGCGAUGGCGAGGGCAUCAUCGUGGUGGGCGCGCCGGGCGAGGGGGCCGCGGCCGCGGCAGCCAUGGCGGGCGCGGGGGCAAAGGCCGCGGGGCCCCGGUCGCGGCGCGCCCCAGCCCCCAAGCCGUACGUGUGUCUGGAGUGCGGGAAGGGCUUCGGGCACGGGGCCGGGCUCCUGGCGCACCAGCGGGCCCAGCACGGGGACGGGCUCGGGGCGGCGGGGGGCGAGGAGCCGGCCCACAUCUGCGUGGAGUGCGGGGAGGGCUUCGUGCAGGGCGCCGCGCUUCGGAGACACAAGAAGAUCCACGCGGUGGGCGCGCCCUCGGUCUGCAGCAGCUGCGGACAGAGCUACUACCGGGCGGGCGGGGAGGAGGACGACGACGACGAGGCUGCGAGCGGGCGGUGCCCCGAGUGCCGCGCUGGUGAGGGCCGGUAGGGGAGGGCCCCUCGGGCUUGGCGGGAACGACGACCUGCAAGACCAAGAGACCCAGGGAGGAGCGGACGGGGUGCAAUGGACCCCGCGGCAUCCCCGGCUCCCCACUCUCCUCUGUCCCCGCGCCAGAGACCCAGGGAGGAGCGGACGGGGUGCAAUGGACCCCGCGGCAUCCCCGGCUCCCCACUCUCCUCUGUCCCCGCGCCGUCCAUGUGGGGCACUGGGGGUUAUCAGGGCCCGUUCACUUCUCCGCCUCGAGACUCUGCCCCCCUCAGCCUGGCCCGCCCUUCCUAGGUUAUCGGCCUGCGAGCCGGAGAGAGACAAUGGAGAGAACUGUAGAGGCCGAGUGGCGACCGCCAGGCCUCAAGCGGAAGGCCAUUUUCCCUACUCUUCCUCAGUUGUCCGGGGUGGGGGUGCUGCGAGGAAUGGAGAAACCAGGCCCUUUGGAUUUAGAGGGUCCCAGAGAGGGAAGGGAAAUAGGGGCCCUUUUCUCUUUUAGAAUUUUCUUUUAAUCAGCCCACCUUUUGACUCCCCGCCCGCCCCAAUCCAUUAUUUUUUUCUGCCUUCCGGGUCCCAUCCUUAGAGCUCGAGUCGUUCCUUCCCCUCCUGGAUUCCGGGUAGCAGAGGUGGCCCCUGUGCCCAGCAAAGCCCCGCAGGAGGCGGGUGCCCGUUUGUCCUGGGCAUGGUGGAGGAAGGGGUGCUAGAACAAUAAAUGGCACUAUCCAAACGUC